AUGGGGUUCCUCACUUGGUGUUCCCGGUGCGCGACCGGCUUGAGCAUGCUGGUGCUCAUCGGCCUCUGCUACUGGGUGAUAUCCCGAGAAUCGAUGGUUGAGCGACACGGCUUCAAGAUCGAGGGGACAGGCGCCGAGGGAGCGGCAUACUCGUCAAAAACUACCACAGUCGGUGCCGGCAUCUGGACCUUUGUCUUCGCCUACUACUGCCUCCUGAUACACUUCAUGGUCGCCAUGUUCCCCAUCCGAGCAUGCUGGUCUAUCUGGAGCAUCACGCAGUCUCUAAAGCGCGGGUCGCAGAGCAGAGCCAUUGAGGAGUACAAGGGCGCCGGUCUGCGCCGCUACAGCUCGUCGUCGUCCGUGGCCAGCUCCGAGACGCUCGCUUCGAGCAUCUACAACGGCGUCUCAUCGACGGACACGGAGUUGAGCGACUCUCUGCCCGAGUUCUAUGUCGACGGCAAGGCUGUUCCUGAAAGCCCCAUCAUCCACGCCAUUGUCAUUCCCAACUAUAAGGAGGAGGUUGACACACUCCGCGAGACUCUAGAUGUCUUGGCCUCUCAUCCCCAGGCCCAGAGCUGCUACGAUGUCUACCUUGGCAUGGAGCUACGCGAAGUGGGCGGCGAGUCAAAGGCGCUGAGCCUCAUCCAGCAGUUUGUCAAGAGGUUCCGAUCCAUCGACUACACGCUGCAUCCGGGCGACAUUCCCGGCGAGGCGGCCGGCAAGGGCAGCAACAUGGCCUGGGCCGCGCGCAAGCUGAGCUCCAAGUAUCCCAUGUCGGUCCGCAAGAACGUCAUCGUCACGGGUAUCGACGCUGACAGCCAUCUCUCGUCGCGCUACUUUGCGCAAAUCUCCAGCAUGCACACGAAUCACCCCGAGACCGCCGCCACCACUCUGUACGCUGCUCCCAUCAUCUUCGACCGCAAUGCCCACAACGUCACUGCUCUUGUCCGCGUUGCCGACGUCCUAUGGUGCGCCGCCGGCAUGUCUGGCCUGUACAAGGGCUCCGUCAUCGCCCCCCCUACGUCUGUAUACUCGCUGCCGCUGGUGCUUGUCGACCGCGUUGGCGGCUGGGACUGCGAUUCGGAUGCCAUUGGCGAGGACCUUCACAUGUUCAUCAAGUGCUUCUUUGCUCUCAACGGCCACCUCACCUGCCGCACCAUCCUCAGCCCGGUGAGCCAGACCAACGUCACCGGCGGCGGCAAAGGCGGCAUCCGCGGCGCGUAUCUCGACAUCAAGGCUCGCUAUAGCCAGGCUCUACGGCACAUGUGGGGUGCUCUGGACUCGGGGUUUGCAUUGCGCAAGGCUGCUGCGAUGUGGAAGGACCGGAAAUACACCUCCAGAGCAUUUCGUCCCCUGCACCGCACAUGCCGGGGAGACAACCUGGAUGCGUAUUUUCCCGAGUCUCAGCUGGAAGAUGCCGCGGAGGUGCCGACUGAGAACGGCGUCUUUUCCGAUAUCACGAGGGAUACCCUCAAGGAGCCUCAUUGGGAACACAUCUUUUACAUGGGCCACCGUUUGUUUGAAGCGCAUUUCCUGCCUCUCCAGAUGCUGAUACUGGUCGUUGCGUCCUCUCUAUACACGUGGAUUACUGACGGGGGCGAAGACCCGAACGACCUGGCCUGGAUCUUUUCCACCUGCAACAUUCUCCGGACCAUGGGCUUCAUGGAGAUGGCCGUCUACAUCUUCCUUUACGAGAGUUACCACCGAGUCUGCGUCCGCACCCGCGAGAAGGACAUGGUCCAAGCCGGGCUGGCUGACGGCAUGUGCUUCUCGCAUCGCUCGCUGAAGAAGAACUUUGUCGACUACCUGCUUGUGCCCCUGGUGGCGCCCUUGUAUGGCGCGAUUCCUUGCGCUCAGGCGGAGAUUGCGCACUUUUGGACGGCUGACUUGGAGUAUGCCGUUAGCAAGAAGGCGCUUCGGCAGAGGGCCAAGUCUGUGACUGUGGAGGAUAUUGCUUGA